AUGUCCAGCGCCAGCCCAUAUCUAGGUCGGGCACGAGAAAGCACGGCCGAUGUCGCGGAACGAGACUAUUUUUCCGAGAACCCGGCCCCUUCGAGUUUGGAGAAAUACACGAUUCUGUCUCGAGAUUUUAUAAAAUUCCAUGCAGACGCGCGGCGGCGAGUGGUGCUGGUGACAUCUGGAGGAACGACGGUUCCUCUUGAACGACAGACGGUCCGUUUCAUCGACAAUUUUAGUGCGGGCACACGAGGAGCUACGUCUGCAGAAUAUUUCCUCGAGUCUAGUUACGCUGUGAUUUUUCUACAUCGUCAAUUCAGCCUGCUGCCCUACUCUCGACACUACAGUCAUGCUACUGAUUGCUUUCUGGAUUUUCUCCAUGAGGGGGAGGACGGGCGGAUAGUGGCAAAUGAUGAAUACCACGACAAAAUGUUGAAAGUGCUCCGGCAGUAUAACUCUGCCAAGAAACAGAAUCUGCUUCUCACAAUUCCCUUCACAACUAUCAACGAUUAUUUGUUUGUUCUACGAGCAGUAGCUCAAUUGAUGCGCCCACUUGGUCCUAGUGGGCUACUCUACCUCGCCGCUGCUGUAUCGGAUUUUUUCGUCCCACCCGAACGCAUGGUUGAACAUAAGAUACAAUCAACAAAUGCAACGGACACGAAAUUGUUAGCAGACAAAAUGUUAGAAGGGGUCAAUGAAGAAGAGGCAUUUGACAAUUUUGAUUCGUCGCCUGCGAUUCCGCGCAGCAAGCGCCUCAUCGUGGAUCUGGACCCUGUGCCAAAGUUUCUCAAGAACCUAGUUGAUGGCUGGGCACCAGAAGGCAUGAUAGUAUCUUUCAAGCUGGAGACAGAUCCCGAAAUCUUAGUUCAUAAAGCGCAAUAUUCUUUGGAUCGAUACCAGCAUCAUUUGGUCAUUGGAAAUUUACUCUCUACUCGAAAAUGGGAGAUUGUCUUUGUGGCUCCGGGGCAACCUGAUCAGUGGAUUCGAGUACCUAGGAGUAGGAGGAAAAAGACAAUUAGUGGGAUCGAAAAUAUGGUAGGGGUCGCUGCCAGUGGUGCCGAGACUGACGAGAAACCUCUGGAUCCAAAAGACCUCCCGGAAGGGGAACCCGAAAUGGAGAUUGAGAGUUUGAUCAUACCAGCGGUUGAAGCGUUGCAUACCCGCCAUAUCCAAAAACGAUCAUGA